AUGGAUGAAGUGCGUCGUGAAUGUGCCACUCUGAUCCCGCAGGAUAUCAAUUACGCCACUAUUGAAGGUCUAUCAUUUGAGUGCAAAGAGAAAUUUGAAAUUUGGCGACCACAGAAUCUUGCCGCUGCUUCAAGGAUACCUGGUGUAACACCGCAGGCUCUUUGUUCGUUGCUGAGAUAUUUGAAGGCACCAACUCAAUCGCUCGCUAAUAGCAUUGGUGAAUCGGCGAAAUUGUGA